AUGGUGGCGGACAAGAAGGCAUCCAACCCCAUGCGGGAAAUCCGCGUCGCGAAGCUGGUGCUGAACUGCUGCGUGGGAGAGUCUGGCGAUCGUCUGCAGAAGGCCGCCAAGGUGCUGGAGCAGCUGACCGGGCAGCAGCCCGUGUUCGGCAAGGCCCGGUACACCGUGCGCCAGUGGUCUGUGCGCCGCAACGAGAAGAUCUCCUGCCACGUCACCGUGCGCGGCGAGAAGGCGCUCCAGCUGCUGGAGGCCGGCCUGAAGGUCAAGGAGUACGAGCUGCUGCGCCGCAACUUCUCCGACUCCGGCAACUUUGGCUUCGGCAUCACCGAGCACAUCGACCUGGGCAUCAAGUACGACCCCUCCACCGGCAUCUACGGCAUGGACUUCUACGUCGUGCUGGAGCGCCCCGGCUACCGGGUGGCGAAGCGCAGGAAGCAGCUGGCCCGUGUGGGCGUGCAGCACCGCGUGACCAAGGACGACGCCAUGAAGUGGUUCCAGACCCGGUUCGAGGGAGUCGUGCUGAACAAGGCCAGCUACACCUGA